GAAUUCUCAAAUAGUUUGACGCAUUUCGGCGUCUGGUUAACUGUUCGGUCCGCUUACGUACUUUUGACUACAUCCAAUAUGGCCUCCAAAGCCUUCUUGGUGGUGACUUUAUUAGCACUUUGUGGCUGUUCACUCACAUUUGCUGCGAAGUCCUGGUGGGAAACGGCCUCUUUCUAUCAGAUUUAUCCGCGUUCGUUCAAGGAUAGCGAUGCUGAUGGUGUUGGCGAUCUGAAUGGUGUCACCAGUGUGCUGCCAUAUCUGAAGGAGAUCGGCAUUGCCGGCACAUGGUUGUCGCCAUUCCUCGAAUCGCCUAUGGCUGAUUUCGGUUACGAUAUCUCCAACUUUACCGCAGUCGAUCCACUGUUCGGUACAAUGGAGGACUUCGAGCACAUGGUGGCCAAGGCUAAGGAGUUAAAUAUAAAAAUAAUUUUGGACUUUGUACCGAAUCACUCAAGUGAUGAGUGUGAUUGGUUCAUCAAAUCGGCUGCGAGAGAUCCCGUCUAUAAGGACUAUUAUAUUUGGCAUCCGGGUAAGGUGGUGGAUGGUGUGCGUCAACCACCAAACAAUUGGGUCAGCGUCUUCUACGGUUCGGCAUGGCAGUGGCAUGAAGGACGCCAAGAGUAUUACUUACAUCAGUUCGACAAAAAACAACCGGAUUUCAAUUUUCGCAAUCCCGAAGUGCGCGAAGCCAUGAAUAAUGUCUUGCGGUUUUGGUUGGACAAAGGUGUUGAUGGUUUUCGUAUUGAUGCCAUCUACCACGCCUUCGAAAUUGAAGCUGAUGAGAAUGGUGACUAUCCAGAUGAACCUGUGAGUGGCUGGAGUGAGGAUCCACAGGAUUACGGCUACGUACGCCACAUAUACACGGUUGAUCAGUGGGAGACACCGCAUCUGGUGUAUGAGUGGCGCCAGAUCUUGAAAGAUUACCAAGCCAAGCACGGCGGCGAUGAGCGCAUUUUGAUGGUCGAGACCUGGUCACCCAUCGAUAUCGUCAUGCAUUACUAUGGCAAUGAGACCGCAGAUGGUGGUCAAAUACCCUUCAACUUCCAAAUGGUUUCUAAUUUGGGCGGAGACUCCGAUGCACAUCAUUACUCCGAAAUGAUCAACAAAUGGUUCCAGUACAUGCCCGCUGGCCGAACGCCCAACUGGGUGAUUGGUAAUCAUGACAAGAAUCGCGUUGGCUCACGUUUUGGUCCGGAACGCAUUGACCUCUUCAACAUACUCUUGCUCACACUACCCGGCUGCAGCAUCACUUACAAUGGCGAGGAGAUCGGCAUGACUGAUGUGUGGAUCUCCUGGAAGGAGACCGUCGAUCCACAGGCAUGCAACAAUGAGGAAGAGGGUUACGAGUGGCGUUCACGCGACCCCGCACGUACACCCUUUCAGUGGAGCGACGCAGCAAAUGCCGGUUUUACGACGGGUCGAAAAACAUGGUUACCCAUCUCUGAUGACUACAAGCGUGUCAAUGUGAAGCGGGAGCGCGGUGUGGCAUUGAGUCAUUUAAACAUCUUCAAGCAGUUACAAAAACUAAGAAAAUCAGCAACCUUACAAGAUGGCGAGACGGAAGUUAAGGCGCUGAAUCAAUAUGUCUUGGCUGUCAAGCGUUCACUAAGCGGCGAUUACACUUAUAUAACGCUGCUCAACAUUUUUGGUCACAUUGAGAAUUUCAAUCUGCACGAACACUUCGCUGACUUGCCGGCGCAGUUUGAGUAUGUCUUGAUAACCGAUCGAUCCAUCAGGCUGAGGGGCGAUGAGGUCUCCACCAGCAGCGUCACACUCAUGCCACACGAGUCGGUUGUGCUGCGUUCCACCGUUCGAGUUUAACUCACUUUUGAGUGAUUUCAAAAGCUCUCCGACUUGCUAUAAAUUGUUAUCGGCGUUAUUCUAAUCAACAUACUACAAAGUCCUUUACUACUCUGUGUUAUUUAUUUGACGCUGAUAACACAUUUAUGGCGUUUCGUAAACAGAAUUAUAAAGUAACAAGCGAUUGCCGUUAAUUCAUACAUCUAUACCUCCCCCAUAGGUAGCAGUCAAACUUAGGGGGUUAUAAAAGUCAUAAGUGGCACUCCAGUGUCUAAUCAGCUCAUAAAUACGUUGUUAUUUCAUGAAUGAUUGCGUACUCUAGUUGUAUUGGCUCAUAUUUGUGAUUUGAUAUGAUUACGUUAGUUUUAUAGUAUAUUGAAUUGUAAUGAAUAUUUUUCCUUAAGAGAUAUAGUAAAUGUUAAGUUAAUGUUAUUUUGAUAUGAA